GAUGCUUCUGAGUCGACUACAGAUGCUGUUAGUAUUCAGAAAUUAAUGGCAAAGAUGGUCCAUAAUGGUACAGAGGCGGUUGUGGUGGAGGCCUCUUCUCAUGGUUUGGCUGAAGGAAGAUGUGAUGAAGUAGAUUUUGACAUUGUCGUAUUCACUAAUCUGACAAGGGAUCACAAUCAAUUGAUUUAUGCUCUUUGCAUGGAAAACAGGCUGAAGAAUGCAAGGAAGAUGUUUGAUUCUAUUUGCCAGAAGGGCAUGGUUCCUAAUGUUGUCACUUUCAACUCUUUGAUUGUUGGUUUAUGCCAGAAAGGAAAAGUUGAUGAUGCUUUUGUGCUGAUGAGUUCAAUGGAGGCUAAUCCUGAUAGUAGAACUUGCAAUGAGCUAAUUGAGGGAUUUUGCCGUGAAGAUGAUGGCCCAAUCAUUCUGGUUGGGAGUGCUCGCGCUAACCAGGAUAUUCAUGAUUUUGUUAUUGGCACAUAUCAUUCAACAUACAAGUUGAAUGGAUUAAAGCAACUGUGGGAUGCCUUAGCACUUGACUCUCAACUACAAAGAUCCUCUGUAAAAAGAGAUGCAUAUUUUGUGGGAUCAUGUUUUGAGACUUUUGAAAUACUAUGUGGACGGACAUCAGCUCAAACAGACUAUGAGGAAGAUGCAAAUGAUGAGAACAAAAUCUUCGAUCCGGGGAAUCUCUUUUUCUUCUGCAACAAUCUUUUUUUUUUAAUAAUGCAUCUCGACGGAGUUGCCGCUGCAAAAAGCAAGACCGUCACAGCUUCAUGUAAUGCUCGAGAAAUUGUCCAGGAUACCUUGGUUGCCAAAAAGACCAUCCAAGGGGGAAUUGGCAAAACUGCUGGAGCAAGAGUUUCCAUGCCUCAUGGAAUUCCUUUCUUUCCAGAUAAAGUAAACACAGCAACAGAUUCGACCUUGAUCAAACCUCUGAAAUUUGAAUCUUCUUUUGGCCGGUCAGGACAAGAUGGUGAGGGAGCGGAUAAGGUCUCUUCACCAGUAUCUCGGUCCCGAGCUCGCGGUGCAAAAAUAUCUCUAGUUCAGAAAAUGACGAUGCUGCUACUUUCUCCACAGCCGACUACGGCCUUCUCUGCCGCCGCUUCUUCUCUCAGCCGUCUCUUAUUACCUCUCCCCCGCCACAACUUCGUUGUUCCUCCCGUCUCCUCUCUCGCAAUUGCCGCCGUUUCCACCGCCACUGGUGAUCCCAUCUACGCCGUAGACUCCCGCCGUUUUGACUUCUCUCCUCUCAUCGACUUCCUUUCCUCCGCUAUAUCCAUCACUGCGGAAGCCGACCCCGACGGACCGCCUCCGGCGGAGCUCUCGCCUGAGGAGUUCUGCCUUGCUGAGUCCUACCGAUCCGUCCCUGCUGUUCUGUGGCACUCCCUGCUUAAAUCCCUUGCCUCCGAACCUGCUUCUCUCUCCACCGCCACAGCUCUCGUUCCGUGGCUUCUCCGUCACCGCCUCUGUUUCUCCUCCGAUCUCCUCUACUCUAUCCUCAUCCACUCCCUGGGCCGCCACCGCCGCCUCCAACUUGCUCUCUCCCUUUCCUCUUCUUCCUCGCUUUCCCCUCUCACUCUGAACGCGCUCAUCUCAGCCUCCGCCAUUAACUCCCGCCCCGACCUUGCCCUUCGCCUCCUCGCCCUCAUGCGUCGCCAAGGCCUCCUCCCUGACCAGCAGAACUAUACUCUUGUCCUCCAAUCUCUUCUUCACUCCCCCGACCCCCCUGACCCUUCCCUCCUCUCUCUCCUCUCCUCUGACCUCCGCUCAGUCCGCCUCGAACCUGACGCCCGCCUCCUUUCUGACCUCAUCGUAGCCUUCUCCCGCGCUGCCGACCCCGACGCUGCCCUUUCCGUACUCGCCCAAACUCAGGCCCAGGGAAUCACCCCCAAAUUUUCUGCUGCCGUCGAGCUCAUCUCCGCCCUGGGCAAUUCUGGCCGCGUUGAUGAGGCAGAGGCCAUAUUCGCCGAGCUCCGCCACUGGGGCCUUCAACCCCGAACCCGCGCUUACAAUGCUCUCCUCAAGGGCUAUGUUAAAACAGGUGCUCUUAAAGAUGCAGAACAGGUGCUCGACGAAAUGGAACACUGCAGUGUGGCACCUGAUGAGCGCACUUACAGCCUCUUGAUUGAUGCCUACACCAAUGCUGGUCGGUGGGAGAGCGCCAGGAUCUUGAUUAAGGAGAUGGAGAUGAAUGAUGUCCGGCCUAAUUCUUAUGUGUUUAGUAGGAUAUUAGCAAGUUUCCGGGAUAAGGGUGAGUGGCAGAGGUCUUUUGCUGUGUUGAGAGAGAUGAGGAACAAUGGCAUCCACCCAGAUCGCCAUUUCUACAAUGUGAUGAUUGAUGCUUUUGGAAAGUAUAAUUGUCUUCACCAUGCCAUGGAUGCUUUUGAUCAGAUGAGGGCUGAUGGCAUUGUCCCUGACGUUGUCACGUGGAACACACUUAUUGAUGCACAUUCAAAGGCUGGUCGGCAUGAUCAAGCCAUGAAGCUGUUUGAGGAGAUGGAGAUGAGUGGGUUGGCGCCAUGCACAACAACCUUCAACAUAGUUAUUAACUCGUUGGGCGAGCAAGAGAGGUGGGAGGAAAUGAAGGAGCUGUUUCAGAGGAUGAGGGAGAAAGGGUUACUGCCAAAUGUGGUGACCUACACUACACUUGUUGAUGUUUAUGGAAAGUCGGGGAGGUUUAAGGAUGCCAUUGAGUGCUUGGAAAUGAUGAAGUCUGGAGGGAUGAAACCUUCCCCAACCAUGUAUCAUGCCCUGGUGAAUGCGUAUGCUCAGAAGGAGAUCAAAUAUGUGGUGAUGAUAAAAACUUCUUCUAUGAAGAUGUGGAAGAUUUUGGAGAAUAAGUAUUUGACAAAGAGUGUGAAGAAUCGUCUCUAUAUGAAACACGGUCUCUACAGGUUUCAGAUGAGACAAGAGGUUAUAAUUCAUAAGCAUCUGAAUAACUUCACAAAGUUGUUGACAGAUUUUUUGAAAUUGGAUAAAGCUGUUGGAGAUGAAGAUAAGAUGCUUCUUCUAUUGAAUUCGCUUCAAGACGCUUCUUCUAUUGAAUUCGCUUCAAGACGAGUACAAAAACUUCACGAUGACACUCAUUUAUGA